CUCCAUACACGCGGCGUCGUUCGGUGUAGGUAAACGCAGUCGCACCGCCGCAGCCUGUCCAACGCUACACGUCGGACAACAAUACCAUAACAUUUUUUUUUAUAAAAUUUAUUCGGUACGGACGCGUUAUGUAAAUAUUAAAAACAAAAUUCGCUUUUUUUAAAAAAUAGAAAACACUCCGACAGGGUCGUUUGUAAGCGUUUUUGACGUACGUUUUAAGAAAUUAACAUUUAAAUAUACCACUACUUUACUUAUAUCUACAACAUAAUAAUACAUAUACACAAAGCGUCUUUUGUAAUUCAAAAUACCGGAAAUACGAUAAAAUAGCUAAAGCUUUGGCGAGUUACAGAAAAAAAAAAGCAAUCUUGAGAAAUACUACCACGACACAUUUGUCAAUUACCUAUUAAAAUAAAAUACAACAGUCGUUGUUAAUUAAUAAUAAAGUUUUACCAUACAUGUGCUCGCGACGAUUCUCUAUCGAUUCUUAAUAAUAUGACAUCAGUGUGUUUAUAUACUUGAAAGUGUUACAACUAUUAUAGACAGUUAAACAUUUUUUUUUUUUUAUUUCAAAUAAAAAUGUUCAUAACAAAACCAAAAUGGAUCGAAAAGGUCACCGUGGAACCAAUGCUGUUUUUGUAUUUUGUAACAUUGGCUAUUUCAGCUUUGGUGGGCACGAACUUGAUACUGCGAAAGGGGUGCGACGUGACGGCCACCGUACAGCCGGCCAACCUGAGGGACAAGUGCCUGAACGAGAGCUACGCGCAGGAGCUGGUGGCCAAGAUACAGACGUGGAAGCUGACCAUCCAGUACUCGGUGCCGCUGGUGUUCAUACUGUUCGCGGGCCCGUGGAGCGACACGCACGGCCGCCGCCGCCGGCCGCUCAUGUUCAUACCGAUCGCCGGCCAGCUGCUGACGGACGCGUUCAACGUGCUCAACGUGUACAACUGGCACUGGUCGCCCGCCGUGGCCGCCGUGUCCGAGUGCCUGGUGCCCGCGAUCACCGGGUCGCGGAUAUGCUGCGUGGUGGGCGUCGCGUCCUACGUGGCCGACAUCACGCGCGUCCAGGACCGGACCAAGCGGAUCGGCAUGCUCAUGUCGCUGUACUUCAUCGCCACGCCGGUGGGCGCGUGCACGGCCGGCUUCCUCAACGUCAACAUCGGCUUCUACGGCACGUUCGGCGCGUGCAUAGCGAUGAACGUCGCCGCGCUGGCGCUGGGCAUGGCGCUGGUCAAGGACACGUCCGUGCCGUACGACAAGGGCGCGUCCAUCUGGCAGACGGUCAACCCGAAGGUGAUCGCCGACUCGGUGCGCGUGCUGGUCAAGAAACGGCCCAGCCGGUCGCUGCUCAUCUACAUGACCAUCGUGUCGCCGCUCACCAUCGGACCCAUGCAAGGUGAAUACUCCAUACUUUAUCUUUUUGUCAGAUAUAAAUUUGGAUGGAACGAAAUCGAUUACAGCCUCUACGCCGCAUACAAAAUGACUGGGAUACUUAUAGGUACUAUCGUAGCUAUAUGGUUAAUGAGCGUAAAACUGAAAAUGCACGAUGCAGCAAUAGGAUUUAUCGGCAGUAGUUUCGAUUUAAUCGCUGCAGUAUGCUAUAGUUUUGUAACCCAACCUUGGCAGCUGUAUGCAGUACCAGUGAUAGACAUUUUUCACGGUGCAGCGUUUACGGUCAGCACUUCGAUGGCGUCAAAACUCGUCGACAACAGUGAAUUGGCGCAACUCAAUUCAGUUCGCGGUAUGCUGGAAACGCUCGCUCCAAUUAUUAUUUAUCCGUUAUAUAAUCAAUUAUAUAAGCUCACAUUUGAAACACUACCGGGAGCUUUUUUCCUGUUGACUGCGGUUAUUACUGUUCCAGUUGUCAUACUAUUCGGGUUGACAUACAAAGCCGAUCAAAAAGACAACAUAUUUAAAAAUAACGAAGAUGAUAAUGUAGCACAAAAAAAUAAAGAUGAAUGCAAUAACACUGUCAAAGAAGAAUCGAUUAAAACUAUAGAUACUGUUUGACACAAUUGUCAUGUAAACGACUAUGAUGGUAAUAAUAUGGUAAAUAUUAUGUACAUCAUAUUAUAUUUUAUUUUUUAUUAUGUUAUAAACCUUCCUACCUAUUAUAAUGAAGACAUUAUUAGACAUACUUUUAUUGCAUUUAUGUAAAACAGACAACAGUCACGGUAAUACAUUGUAUACCAUAUUUAUACCAUAAUUGCUUGUAUAAUGUAAAAUGCAAUGCUAAUUAAUACCAAAUCGUUAAUACUUAUAAGUUAGUGUAAAUAGUAUAGAACUGUGUAGAUAAUUCAAUUUAUUAGGUAUAUUAAUAAGAUGUCUUGCUUGUUAUAAUUCCAUCUAUCUAAUGGAAUUCAUAAUUUUUGUUUUGUAUACACUUUUUUAUUUGAAUAACUUAAAAUCUAAUGUACCUACAAUAGAAAUGUUUUGAAGAUCCUAAAAUAGUUUUUAAGUGUAUUUAAUGUAUAUAAAUAUAUAAUUAUAUUUUAUAACUUGAUAUUAUGUUAAAGUACCUAUGUAAUUUUAGAUCAUAGCCAUACAUAGGUACUUACAGCAUGUUAAUACAAGUUAUUCACAACGUUUUUUUUUAACAUAAUAAUCCCUCGAUUCAUCAUUAUAUAAUUUAUGUUAAAUGAAACUACUGUUUUUUUUAUACGACCAAAAUUAAAUUGUUUUUAUAAAAGUAAA